UUGUACUUAUUUGGAACCCCAUAAAUAGGGGACAUGGAGCAUCUCUCGGAUGUUUGCUCCUCUUUUCUGAAAUUGGGAAUAGAGUGUUUUUAACAAGAGGUCGCGGUCCGCUGAAGUCUCAGGCCAAAGGCGGGCGGGGGCGGGGGCGGGGAACGGGAACGCCCCCUGAAGACCCAGGCUUAGCAAAGCAAGGCCUCAACCUCUCAUCCCUGCAACCAUAUGGGAACCAUUAUUGGACAAGAGCAGAAAGGUGAUUAUCUCUGAUCGGCUAUUCAGUCCGUCGCUCCGGAGCUUGAGCCAGUGACAGGACGCCACUCGCCCCCGCCUCCAUGACGCAACAGGGGGCGGAGCAGGUAGGCACCGCCCCCGCGCACUACUGGCUGAGCACACUGGUCCCCGCCCCGUUCGUGGGUUAAUCUGCGUGGGAGCCCCGCCCCCUGGCUCUGUGUGCGUCAGUGGGCUACUUCUCCAAGCGCGGCUCCGCCCCAGGAUGGCGUCACGGCUACAUCUGCAUAUGAGGCCCCGCCUCACUCUUUGCAGGACGUCACCGCGGACUGCAGGGGCCUGAGCCGCUGCUGCCGCCGCCGCUGCUGCCCCUGUCGCGCAGCCCCAUAUCAACUCACGGGGGCCCUGUCACCACAGCUGCCGAAAAGUCGCCAUCGCUAGGGUCACCACCGCAUCGGUGCAGGGCAAGAUGGCGUCCGCCACAGACUCACGCUAUGGGCAGAAGGAGUCCUCGGACCAGAACUUCGACUACAUGUUCAAGAUCCUCAUCAUUGGCAACAGCAGCGUGGGCAAGACGUCUUUCCUAUUCCGCUAUGCAGACGAUUCCUUCACGCCUGCUUUUGUCAGCACUGUGGGCAUAGACUUCAAGGUCAAGACCAUCUACCGCAACGACAAGAGGAUCAAGCUGCAGAUCUGGGACACAGCAGGGCAAGAGCGAUACCGGACCAUCACCACGGCCUACUACCGGGGUGCCAUGGGCUUUAUCCUCAUGUAUGACAUUACCAACGAGGAGUCCUUCAACGCCGUGCAGGACUGGUCGACCCAGAUCAAGACCUACUCAUGGGACAAUGCCCAGGUGCUGCUGGUGGGGAACAAGUGUGACAUGGAAGAUGAACGGGUGGUGUCGUCGGAACGUGGCCGGCAGUUGGCUGACCACCUUGGCUUUGAGUUCUUUGAGGCAAGCGCCAAGGACAACAUUAAUGUCAAGCAGACCUUUGAGCGCCUGGUGGACGUCAUCUGUGAGAAGAUGUCCGAGUCAUUGGACACGGCCGACCCUGCAGUCACGGGUGCCAAGCAGGGCCCACAGCUCACGGACCAGCAGGCGCCUCCGCACCAGGACUGCGCCUGCUGAGAGCUGCCCUGCCCCCACCCCCGCCCUCCCCACCCCCCCAGGCCUGAUCCAGCCCCCACUGGCCGAGGGCACGAGACCUCUGCCCCCACUUGGCCCCUCACCCUUAUUUAUUAUUGUAGUUAUUUAUUUAUUUAUUUAUUGGAGAUGUCCCCCAGGGGCACGGGCUCCCUGCCCAUCCCACGUCCCACCCUGUACAUACAGCCCUGUCCCCACUCUGCCGUGGCGUGUCGUGGCCCUGUGAACUCACCGCUUCCCCUCCUCUCAAGACCCCACCUUUUUUAAAAUUCACCCCCCAUCGAGAGUUACUGGUUUUGAAGAGGGGGCCCGAUGACACCCCAGGGCAGGCUCAUUGGGUGAUGGGAGGUAGUCUGGUUGGCCAGCCUCUUGGCUGUGACUCGCUGGGCCAAGGCCACUCUGGGGGGGCGGGGGGGGUGUCUCAGCAUGGACCAUGGGGUGGAUCAGAGCCAGGCAGUGACCCACCUGGCUCCUCACCCCCAAAGUUUUACCCUUUUUUAGAGGUGAGGGCUGCUGUGGGUACUCGCCACCCUGGGACCCCCCCGAAACACCAGACCUGCUCGGACGUCAUGAGUGUCAAACGUGCCCCUCGGAUCCCCAGGAGAUGUCAUGACCACACUACACACACCCAAUAAAGUGAAUGGAUGACGCCA